AUGCCAGUUGCGUCAGCACCACCGUAUCCAGAUAGAGUUGUUGUACAACAAGUAGGACCGACUAGAUCGGUCCGUGAUGAUUCACCACCGACUUAUGAGGAUUCAGCUAAUCCAAACAGUAUGCCGCCAACCUAUGAAUCGUUGUAUGGUGAAUUUCGACAAGUUGAAGACCCAAGAGGAUUAGCCCAGUUUCUAGCUAAAGCUUAUGCAGUGAUUAUUAGCACAAUGACAGCUGCGGUACUUCUAGCGGUACUGAAUAUCAUUCCAUUGGGAAUGAUAAUUCUUGGUAGUAAUAACCUCUAUAGCUGUCCCGUGGAACCUUACAUACCUAUCUGGCUUAUUGUCACUGGUUUUUUUUCUCUGUUGAAGAGUGGAACAAAUUUUUUCUAUCGUGCUAGACGACAACGUGAAGGUCGUCCGCCUUCCGCAUCAGAUGUCAAUCCAAAUCCCUUUGAUGGUCUGCUGUCAUGUUUUUUAUUCGUCUGGUUUAUAAUCGGUUCAGUAUGGGUGUAUUCGGUACACCGUGAUGUACAGUAUAUCAGUUCUCGAGACAGUAACUACUGCGAUCAGUUCACUUAUACAUUUUCGUUCGUAUUCGUAACCCUGGGUUAUGUGCUACUGACCUGCACACUCUGCUGUUUCUGUUGUUGUUGUUGCUGCAUUUGCUGUCGCCCUAAAAAACAGCACGCUGGUGGUGCUGUUUAA